UAAGGACUUUCUGCCCCACUUUCUUUCUUUGAAAUAAUGUCGGCUGAAUAUGAUAACAGAGACAAUGGCCCAGAGGGCAUGGAGCCUGAUGGUAUCAUCGAGAGCAACUGGAACCAGAUUGUGGACAGCUUUGAUGAGAUGAACCUGCGGGAACAUCUCCUCAGGGGAAUCUAUGCCUAUGGUUUUGAGAAGCCAUCUGCUAUUCAGCAAAGGGCUAUUAUCCCUUGUAUCAAGGGUUACGAUGUUAUUGCUCAGGCCCAGUCUGGCACUGGGAAAACGGCCACCUUUGCCAUUUCCAUUCUCCAGCAGAUUGAUAUCGAGAUGAAAGCCACUCAGGCUCUGGUUCUGGCUCCCACCAGGGAGUUGGCUCAGCAGAUCCAGAAGGUGGUGCUGGCUCUGGGUGACUACAUGGGUGCCAGUUGUUACGCUUGUAUYGGAGGAACCAGCAUCCGCAGUGAGGUCCAGAAGCUUCAGGCAGAAGCCCCUCACAUUGUGGUGGGAACCCCGGGCCGAGUCUUUGACAUGUUGACUCGCAAAAACAUCUCUCCUAAGUACAUCAAAAUGUUUGUGCUGGAUGAGGCUGAUGAAAUGCUGAGUCGAGGAUUCAAGGACCAGAUCUAUGAGAUCUUCCAGAAGCUGUCGACCAGCAUACAGGUGGUCCUGCUGUCGGCCACAAUGCCAGCUGACGUCUUGGAGGUCACAAAGAAAUUCAUGCGAGACCCGAUCCGGAUCCUUGUGAAGAAGGAGGAGCUGACCCUUGAGGGUAUUCGCCAGUUUUACAUAAACGUGGAGAAAGAGGAGUGGAAACUGGACACGUUAUGUGAUUUGUAUGAAACCCUGACUAUCACACAAGCUGUCAUCUUCAUCAACACGAGAAGGAAAGUGGACUGGCUGACUGAGAAGAUGCACGCUAGAGACUUCACUGUUUCUGCUCUGCAUGGUGACAUGGACCAGAAAGAACGGGAUCUGAUCAUGAGGGAGUUCCGAUCCGGUUCCAGUAGAGUCCUCAUCACCACUGAUCUGCUGGCCAGAGGCAUUGAUGUCCAGCAGGUGUCCCUUGUUAUCAACUAUGACCUGCCUACUAACAGAGAAAACUACAUCCACAGAAUUGGUCGAGGUGGUCGUUUUGGCAGGAAGGGCGUGGCCAUCAACAUGGUGACUGAAGAUGACAAACGGACCCUCAGAGACAUUGAGACUUUCUACAACACCACGGUUGAAGAGAUGCCUAUGAAUGUGGCAGAUCUCAUCUAGAUUCCACAUGCUCUUUAUGCCCCAUUCUGCUUAUUUUAGAAGUAAAGUCUUUUUAACUUCAUGUUCUGAUCUUAUGUUUAAUCUCUUCUCUCUCACACACAUACACACACACACACACUCUUGAAAUUGUUGUUGCUUAUCUUGGAAUGACUGCUUACUGAACAGCUUCAUCUGUCAAAUCAACCUUGUGUCAACCAGAACAGCCUUUAAGACUAAAUUGAACAGUUCCUCCUUGAUUAAAGGACUCAUUGAGUUUAUUUGGCUCGGUUGAUAAAUAAGUAUCUUCCUGGACUGAGUGUUGGCAAACUGCAGCAUGCACAGGACCUCCCAACAUCUGUCACCAAGGCAGCAGUCCUGUUGAGUUUUGUGCAUGUGGAGAAGAAAACCCAUGUGAAAUGUGUCGUGGCAGAAGCAUUUUACAUGUUUAGAGCUCUGACAGGAAACAUGUCCAGCUCUGAAUACCCAAUGAUAAUUUAGAAAUUAAAGUGUACUCCAGUAGAUGAAAUACUAAAGUGGGGCUAAUGUCCUUAUUGAAUCCAUGUCCGAGGUCUAGAAUAGUUAGGCUCCCUGGUGGUAAACACUUUCCUCAGCUGUGGCCGGUGACAUGCUGGCAGCAUCACAGCUCAACUGUAGUUUAAUACCAGGCUUUGUACAGCUGGGAGGUGUUGGAUUUGACCAGAUGAGUAUUUAUGGACUUCAGUAAACUUUCUCAUUCAUGAUCAUGUUUGAAGAAAGCUGUUCUGGGAGCAUGUGAAGCUUAUUUACCACGGACUUGUAUAUUCAGAAGAUGUGGUUUACCGUGUUGAGGUCUGAAAGGUUCCCCUCAGCUCCAGACUGCCUGGUGGGAUUUUCAGCCUCAUGCCUUUUUGUUUGUUUGUUUUUGUUUUCUUACUUUUUGAAAAGGGUGGUGGCAAGUGAUUAAAAAAAGACCAAACUACAAAAUGAAAUUGUCAUUUUUAGCAUAUCGAUAUAAAAAAGCAUUUCUUAGACUGAAGGUCUCCCCCUCCUCUCCCCCAGCCUCUAACACAGGAUGUUGACCUUUUGAGACAGUGCAUCAAGUUUUCUACAUUGGUUUCUGUAAAGUAUUUAUUUCAAUGGUCUUUAAAACAAAUAAAGGUUUUUCAUUUUUAA